GUGGAUGAGCACGGUCGAAAGCUGGACAAGGACGGCGAUCCAAUAGGCGUCUUCUUCGUCGACGAAAGCAAAAAAGCAAAGGAGGAGCCCAAGAAGGAAGCUUUCAUCAGCAUCGAGGUGCGGUGUGAGACACAGCCAGAGGAGCGCGUGGCCAUUAGUGGCUCUGACUGGCAGCUGGGCUCCUGGAAUCCCAAGGAGUCGUGGUACUUGAACACCACGCCCGAGACGUAUCCUCUCUGGAAAGAUCGAAUCCCCAUGCCGUCGCCUGGGGGACAGUUCAAGGUGUUCAUCAAGAACACCGUGGGCGACUUUUGCUGGGAGCCGCUGCCUUGCAACAGAACGUGGCCGAAGUCGGGGUUGGUGCCCGACAUUCAGGUGAGAUUGGUGUUCGGGGAGAGUGGCAUCUCAACUCUCUCCCUGGGACGGUCUCGUGAGAAGAGCAAGGAGAAGGAGGAUCCUCCGGAGCCGAAGCGAAAGGCCUGA